AUGAUCCGGCUGCUGAGCUCCCUUCUCCUUGUGGCCCUGGCCUCAGGUUCAUACCCACCAGGCUCACACCCACCAAUCCACAUCCCCUCCACCCACUUCAACCCUUCCAGCCGUGUGGUCAAUGGUGUGCCUGUAGAUCCUCCCCACAAGUGGCCCUGGCAGAUCACCUUACUGCUUGAACAGAAUGGGGGCCUGUACUUCAUCUGUGGAGGGAGCCUCAUCGACCGUAACUGGGUUCUGACUGCAGCACACUGUGUCGUAGACGGCGGAUCAUAUUGGGUGCUGCUGGGCAGGUACAACCUGCGUGAACCAGAGUCAUCUGACCAGGUCAUCCCUGUGGGAGCUGUCUAUGUGCACCCAGGAUAUGACAAAAAUAAUGCAGCCAAAGGCUAUGACAUCGCCCUCCUUAAGCUGUCAUAUAGCGCUAAGCUGACACCUGAAGUGCAACUUGCCUGUCUCCCUCCUGCUGGCUAUACCCCACUCCAUGGCACGAAAUGCUACAUCACUGGCUGGGGCACCACCUCCACUGGUGGUUCAGUCUCAGAUGUUCUACGGGAGGGGCUGCUGCCUGUGGUGGACUACGAACACUGCUCCCAGUGGGACUGGUGGGGCUCCACUGUAAAUAAGUGCCAUAUAUGUGCUGGUGGAUAUGAAGUCUCUGGCUGUAAUGGUGACUCUGGAGGACCUCUCAACUGCCUCACAAAGGAUGGAUGCUGGAAGGUCUGUGGUGUGGCCAGCUUUGUUUCUGGUUAUGGCUGCAACACUGAGAAGAAGCCCACGGUGUUUACUUUUGUGGGUUGCUUCAUUGAUUGGAUUGAGGAGAGGGUUAAUGUUGUCUAUGAUAACAGCAGUGAGCUCAUUGAUAUAUCAUUAAAUGUGCACCAGGCACUGUGA